GUUCAUCCCAUACAUGUUGCCCAUAUCGCAGGGACUAUGCGCAUAGCACCCACUAAACCCUGAGUAAAUAUGGCAUCCGACGCCCCAUCCACACCGUCUCCUAUAUCUACAUCAACAUCACGAUCACCGCCAACACCAACAUCCCAAACCUCAAUCACCUCGCAAAAUCCCCAAUCCCAGUCCCAAUCCCUCCAUCUCAGCGCCAACUUCGCCUCCCCACAAUCCCACCAAAUCGACUACGACCACGAGGUCUACCUGCGCCUGAUCGCCGGCGAGAAUCCCAAGGAUACUACACAGAUCACGAAGACGCCGAAUCAGAUUUAUCGCGAGAAGCUCGUUCGCAGGCAAACGACUCGCGCCUUGGAUCUGGCGGUUCUGGAUCCGUCGGUGGGGCAGCAGAAUCCGAGUCCGGUGGAUUUGGAGUGGGCGGAAAGUCAGAGGGUGAGGGAUCGGUUGGUGGGGAGUUAGGGCUGAUGAAGAGAUCCUUGGGGGAGGGAGAUGGGUCUGGGGGAAAAAUGAUAGAUAAUGAGACGUCGUGAUUUUUUUGUUCUCGUCAGCCUAGCCCAGUUCCUCUCUCCCCUUCUCAAUCCCCUUCUUUUGUUUAGAAUGAAGAAAAGAAGCCCUUGAUUGACAGAGGAAGAGGUAUAAGCAGGCACAGCAGGCACAGCAGACACAACAGUCACAGCAAAACAGGCUAGUCCG